AUGCACACUGCACUGUAUGCUAAUAACGAUCCCAUUAGCUGUUUGGAAGGUAAAGGUAUCGGAGAUGUCGAGUAUACUGCAGCUUAUACAAGAAUCUCUGGACAGGGCGAUAUGUUUUGGUGGUUCUACCCAACAAUCUCUGUAUCGCCAACAUCUCGUCCUGUAUUGAUGUGGUUACACGGAGCUACUGGAAUAUCACCAAGCUUCUUAGCCAACUUUGGAAUGUUUGGUCCGUAUGAUAUGAACUUGAAUAGAAGAAAUGACUCCUGGGUUGACGACUACAAUUUACUACUCGUUGAUGCACCGUUGGGUACAGGUUUCAGUGCAAGUGUCUCCAGAAAUACAAACGAUUUUCCUAAUAUUGACCAGAAUGUCGAUCAUUUACUGAGAACAUUACAGUCAUUUUAUUCUCUCCACGACGAGUACAGAAAUUCGCCACUUUAUAUUUGUGGUCAAGGAGAUGGUUCUCAAUUAGCUCUCUCAUUGGCAAUAAGAUUAUCUGAAGAAAACGAUAUAUCUGGUAACUUUAAAGGAGUUAUACUUGGAAAUCCUAUAGUUUCACCAGCCUUAGUUCUUUCUAAGCUUGGUUUCUAUUUAGAAGAACUAGGCUAUAUAGAUGGAAAAGGACGAGAAGCUACUGAAAAUUUGUCAAAUACAAUCACAGAUUUAGUUCGCUCAGAAGAAUAUGAAAAUGCUUUCAAUCAUUUCAUUUCACUUGGAUCGUUUAUUAAUGAGAACGCUGGAGCUGUAGCUGUUAACUUAGGUAACAUCGUUGAAAAAAUUACAAGACUACCGACUACUACUAAUCAAGAUUAUUUCGGGCAGAUGAGUUACAUCCAAAGAGCCUUCAAAUUAAACAAUAACAUAAACGAUUUUAUGAACGACGUGGUGGCUCCAGCAUUAGGUAUUUCAGAGUCAGAAUACGAUGGACAGCGAGAUGAUGUCAUACAAGCUUUCAAAAAGACUUACAUGAAACCUAAUGUUGACAAAGUGGAACAUAUCCUCAAAAACACAAACCUCAGUAUUAAUAUUUACAACGGUAACCUUGAUGCAGUUUCAAACACUCCAGGUCAGCUCGAAUGGAUCAAUCACCUCGAAUGGGCCGGUCAAACAGAUUUUAUGAAUAAAUCCAGACAAACCCUAGUUUUUAACCGUCUCAUUGAGGGUUACUUUAAGGAAUCUGAAAGACUGCGUUUUUACUGGAUAAAUGUCGCCGGUCUUUUAGUACCGUUUGAUAAUUCAAUUGGUAUGAGACGAGUGCUAAACCGGAUAACUAAUUAA